UGUUUGUGGAGGGACUGAAACUCUUGAAAUUUGAGGAAUGGCGGUGAGGACAUGGUUGAUGAUAUUGUUCCUAGUUUUCAUGAUGAUGCAGAAGGGAAAGGGACAAUUAUUCGAGACAUUUUACCGAACUAGCUGUCCGAAAGUGGAAUCCAUUGUAAGAAAAGUGGUCACCGAGAAGAUUAACCAGACAUUCGUCACAAUUCCUGCCACCUUACGUCUGUUUUUCCAUGAUUGCUUUGUUGAGGGUUGUGAUGCAUCAGUGUUGAUAUCUUCGCCGAAUGGGGACGCCGAGAAGGAUGCUCCGGAUAAUCUUUCGCUGGCCGGAGAUGGAUUCGAUACGGUAAUAAAAGCUAAGACGGAAGUCGAAAAAAGUUGCCCAAGAGUAGUCUCCUGUGCUGACAUAUUGACAAUUGCUACUAGGGAUGUUAUAGAACUGGCCGGUGGCCCUUCAUUCAAAGUAGAAUUGGGACGACGUGAUGGCCUUAUUUCAAAGGCAUCCAGGAUAACUGGAAAUCUACCAGACCCUAAUUUCAAUCUCACUCAACUCAACACCAUGUUCGCCAAAAACAACCUUACACAAACUGAUAUGAUUGCACUCUCAGGAGCUCAUACUGUAGGCUUCUCUCAUUGCAGUCGCUUCGCGAAUCGGUUGUACUCGUUUUCUCCAUCAUCACCUGUCGAUCCCAAUCUCGAUCCGACCUAUGCACAGCAGUUAAUGCAAGCUUGUCCUCAAAAUGUUGACCCCAGAAUCGCCAUUAACAUGGAUCCUGCAACCCCACAAACAUUUGAUAACAUGUAUUUCCAGAAUCUAGUUGCUAAGAAGGGGUUGUUUACUUCAGAUGAAGUGCUCUUUACAAAUAAAGCAUCUCAAGCUACUGUGAUUGAUUUUGCUAACAACCCUGGUGAUUUUAGUGGAGCUUUUGUUACAGCAAUAAGGAAACUUGGAAGGGUGGGAGUCAAGACUGGUAAUGCAGGACAGAUAAGGGUUGACUGCACAGCCUUUAAUUCUUGAAUGGAAAAUGAGGUUCAAUAAGGGGCUAUCAUUGGACAACAAAAUAAAAGUGACCCAAAUUCUUUGUGUCUUCUCCUUCA